CACACAGCACAACACUGUAACAGUUUGCUCUCGCUGCAACCUCUGUUUAUUUGCCUGUUCUGUUCAACUAAGGGCAAAGUACAUGACACAGGAGCUAUAUUGCUUGUUAAUAUCAACAUUUCAGAGCGGUUACUGGAGGAGAUGAGGACAUCCUUUAGUUUAUAGUAUUUUGUAGCUGCUACAAAACAGGGAUCCAAGCCCAGGAUACAGAGAGGCAGAUUAAGGGGCAGUUUAAAAAGCUGUACCUGUUUUUGCAAGAGGAAGAUAGAUGGAUAGAUGCAUUGAGAAUGGAAGAGGUGCGGAAGAGUCAGGUGAUGAAACAAGAUAACAGAGAUGAGCAGAGAGAUAUCAUCACUUUCAUACACAAUCAAAGCCACCGAACAACAGCUGAGCAUUGAAUACAUCUCAUUCUUGCAGAACUACAAGGCCACAGAGACCAGAGCCAAGCAAACAAUGCCAGAUCCAAAGAGGGUUUCAGGAGCGCUGAUAGACGUGGCCAAACACCUGGGAAACCUGCAGUUAAGAGUCAGGGAGAAGAUGAAAGGGAUGGUCCAAUACGGUCAUAACGCACAGCCUUUGAACCGCAACAAAGUCAGGGGGCGUUCCUCUGCCCAGGUGUUGUUGAUGGAUGCCAAAUCUUACAACAGCUGGAUAGGUAUUCUCCUGUAAUCCUGGAUCCCAACACUGCAGACACAGGUCUCAUCCUGUCCGAGGAUUUGACGAGCAUGAGACACUGAUAAAGCACUACAGCUCCCUGACAACCCAGAGAGGCUUCAUGGAUGUGUCCUAGGUUCUGGGGGUUAUAACUCAGGAACACACAGCUGGG